AUGGAUCCUCUAGCUGGGAUGGACGAUUCCUCGACCGACGACGAGACUGCGUCGCAGACUACAGAAGACGACCCCCAGGUGCCUGAGCAACACGCUCAAAUUCCACCACCACCACCUGUCGUGCAGCCACCACCACCAGUGCCUUCUUCAUCGAAUGUGCAGCGAGAAAGGCCCAAUUAUCAGCAGCGUCAUGUCCUAAGAGGGCACACAAUGUCCAUUUCAGCUGUCAAAUUUAGCCCAGACGGCAAACUCCUCGCCUCUUGUGGCGCGGAAAAUGUCGUCAAAAUUUGGUCGCCGGAGACUGGAGAAUUCAUCCGCAAUCUCGUCGGGCACACCGAAGGCCUCUCGGAUGUUGCUUGGUCCUCGGAUAGCGUCCAUCUCGCCUCUGCUUCCGACGACACGACAAUCCGGAUAUGGAACGUCGAGACAGGAAUAACUCGGAAAGUACUCAAGGGCCAUAGCAAAUGGGUCUUCUGCCUCAACUAUAGCACAUCAGGAAACCUCCUCGUUUCGGGAGGUUGCGAGGGUGAAGUCAGAAUAUGGAACGUGGCUCGAGGAAAGUGCCAGAAAGUUUUAGUGGCCCACCUAGACUAUGUUACGGCCGUGCAUUUUAAUAGAGAUGCCAGCUUGAUCGUAUCUUGCGCUCUCGACGGCUUGAUUCGAAUAUGGAAUGUCAAUACAGGCCAGUGCUUGAAGACGCUAUCCGAAUCACAUGAUGCUAUCUGUGCCAUCCGUUUGUGGGAUUAUCAGACGUCACGGUGUCUCAAGACAUACACUGGGCACACCAACGCCAAGUAUUGCAUUUCUGCUUGCUUCAGCGUAACAGGCGGAAAGUACAUCGUCGCUGGUAGCGAGGAUCACAAAACUUACAUCUGGGACCUCCAAACAAGGGAGAUUGUACAAGUUCUGGAAGGACACAGCGACAUCGUCGUCGCUGUUGCUGUUCAAUUGAGUCAGAUCUCACCAUUCGCAUCUGGGUUGACCACGGGCCCCGACCAACUUGACGCACCAAAAACGCUUAUAGCCACUCUCGACAUCCAACACCUCAACAUACCUCCUAUCUCUGUAUAUCCUGCAAAAAGCCUAUUCGGUUAG